UAGAGAGAUGAGACCGAAGGGAACUGUACUGUACAGAGAGAGAAAAGACUCUGGGGCCUGGGCAAUUUAAAGCUAGCUUUCUUUAUCUUGGGUUUUCAAACUCCAGAAAUCUGAACAAAACCAUAUAAAAAGCGCUCCCUUUGACACCUAAUCCCAAAAUAAAAAAAAAAAAAAAAACCAUUCUGUCUUCUUUUUUUCCCCUUUUGACGAUUUCACACCUUAUUUUCACACCACCCCCGCCCCACCUCCAUUCCAUCCAUAUAAAUCAUUCCUCUUCUCUCUGUACACAUCUUUUUUGUUCUUUAUGUUGAAUUCAAACCACCUUCCUUGCAUCCAAAGCGAUUCUCUCUCUCUCUCUCUCUCUCUCUCUCUCUCUCUCUCUCUCUAUACAUCUUUUCUAAAUAUAUUUAUAUCAAGACGUACUACUCUGCGAUGGAAGGUCAUCCACAUCAUCAUCAUCAGAUUAGUGUGAAUAUAGAUACAGGAGAUAGAUUUCCUCAAUGGAGUAUUCAGGAGACGAGGGAUUUGUUGAUGAUACGAGCCGAGCUCGAUCCCACGUUUAUGGAAACCAAGCGAAACAAGCUUCUGUGGGAAGUGAUUGCGACGAAAAUGAAGGAAAAGGGUUACAAUCGAAGCGCAGAGCAGUGCAAGUGCAAGUGGAAAAACCUCGUCACUCGAUACAAGGGAUGUGAAACCAUGGAGCCAGAAGGAAUGAGGCAGCAAUUUCCAUUUUACAAUGAGCUACAAACUAUUUUUGGUGCGAGGAUGCAAAGAAUGCUGUGGAUGGAAGCGGAGGGGGGACUGAGCGCGCCCAAAAAGAAAGGGGUGCAACUUUCGUCGGACGAUGAGGACGACAAUGAAGAGAGCGACGGAGGAGAGAAGAUCACAAGCAGCAAGAAGAGAAGGAAAGUACUCAAGGGUGGUGGUACUGGCAGUAGUACUAGUGGAACAAGUAUGAUCAGUAGUUUGAAGGAGCUUCUGGAGGAGUUCAUGAAGCAACAGAUGCAAAUGGAGAUGGAAUGGAUGAAAGCUUGUGAGAGGAGAGAGGAGGAGAGGAGGGUGAAGGAGAUGGAGUGGAGACAAACAAUGGAAGCUUUGGAGAAUGAAAGGGUAGCGAUGGAGAGGAGGUGGAGAGAGAGGGAAGAUGAAAGGAGGACGAGAGAGGAAGCUAGAGCAGAGAAAAGGGAUGCUCUUAUAACAGCUCUAUUAAACAAGCUUAGAAGGGAAGAGAUGUAGUCAAUUAAUUUGGGUGGCCGGGCUAGCUCUUAAUUUGUUAGUAGUUUGUUUCGUUGUUUUUGAAGAAGCGGAAAACUAUAUAUGAGAGGUUUGAGGUUUGUCGUGAACUCUCAUUUAGCUCAUGCUUUGUUUUAUGGUUAAGAUUUAUAUAAAAUCUCCUAUUUUAAUUUUUUCUGCA